UCCAUUACUUCUGGUUCAACUUAUUUGGACUACUUAAAGUGUUGCACUUCUCGUUUCUCUAUCCCUUUCACAGGCUGCUAGAUACAAUGAUCUCGACAACGUCGUUAGCUUAGCCACCGCCGGUGUUCCUCUUGAUUCCAAGGACUCACUUGGCCGAACAGAGCGAGCAAACAUGGCGGAGGACAGCAAUUUGAAGUGUAUCCCAGUGCUCGAUAUGCAAGAAAUCGACGAUCCAGAGCAUUAUAAGAAACUGAGAGAAGCAUCCGAAGAAUGGGGUUGUUUCAGAAUCGUCAACCACAAGAUCCCCGCAAGUCUGAUGCUAGAGAUGAAGAAAGUGGUGAAAGAUCUGCUUGACCUUCCCAUGGAAAUCAAAAAGCGCAACACCGAUGUGAUAACUGGCAGUGGCUACAUGGCACCGAGCAUUGCCAAUCCUCUUUACGAGGCCUUGGGGCUCUAUGAUUUGGGCUCGCCUGAGGCCGUGCAAGCCUUUUGCUCUCAGUUGGAUGCCUCUCCUCAACAGAGGGAGAUAAUAGAGACGUACGCUCAAGCAAUACAUGAGCUGGCCAUUGAUUUAGGGCGAAAGCUGGCCAAAAGUGUGGGGUUGGUCAGUGACCUGUUCAAGGGAUGGCCUUGCCAGUUUAGGAUAAACAAAUACAACUUCACCCCUGAAACUGUAGGAUCCUCUGGUGUACAAAUACACACAGAUUCCGGAUUCCUAACCAUACUCCAAGAUGAUGAAAACGUUGGUGGUCUUGAAGUCAUGGACAAGUCUGGUGUAUUUGUAUCAGUCGAUCCCUGCCCAGGCACCCUCCUUGUCAACCUUGGGGACGUUGCUAAGGCAUGGAGCAAUGGAAGGUUCUGUAACGUGAAGCAUCGAGUGCAGUGCAAGGAGGCAACCAUCCGAGUGUCAAUCGCUUCAUUUCUCUUGGGACCGAAGGAGGCAGCAGUUGAAGCCCCACCUCAACUCGUGGACUCUCAACACCCGCGUCUGUACGUUCCUUUUACGUACGAAGAUUAUAGAAAACUCAGAUUUUCCACAAAAUUGCAAGCUGGUGAAGCCCUCGAACAUGUUCGCACCCACUCCUGCUGAUCAACUGGCAUGCAUCUAUCAUCGAACACUUUUCCUUAUUUACUUUAAAAAUAAAAAAUAAAAAAUUAGUGUUCGUGGGUCGAGUUGAUGUAUGACUAUAAGAUUAUAUCCGUUAAUUAUAAAUCAAUUUAAACAUGUUAGACUUCUCAAA